CUCUCUCAGUCCUCUGUCUUUUCCCAGUCCUCUGUCUUUUCCCAGUCCUCUGUCUUUUCCCAGUCCUCUUCACAUUAUAAAUCCUAAUACAGUGUAUAAACAUAUCUGACCUGAUGGCCGCUGUCCACGCCACCCGAGUCCUGAUUUACGGAGGAAGAGGAGCACUCGGAUCAACCUGCGUCCACCAUUUUAAAUCCAAAGGCUGUUGGGUGGCCAGCAUUGACAUUGGCGCUAAUGAAGAAGCUGAUGCGAAUGUCCUCGCGAAGAUCUGCGAGAGUUUCUGUGAGCAUGCGGAGCAGGUGACCUCAGAUGUGGCUCAGUUGCUCGGAGACCAGAAAGUGGAUGCCAUCGUGUGUGUUGCUGGAGGAUGGGCUGGGGGAAACUGUGCCUCCAAAGACGUGUUUAAGAACAGCGAUUUGAUGUGGAAACAGAGCGUCUGGACGUCAACCAUCUCCACGUAUCUGGCCUCUAAGCACCUCAAGCCUGGAGGUUUGCUCACUCUCACCGGAGCCAAGGCUUCACUCAGUGGAACUCCAGGUAUGGUGGGUUAUGGCAUGGCGAAAGCAGCAGUGCAUCAGCUGUGUGAAAGUGUUGCUGGACAGAACAGCGGACUUCCUUCAGGCGCUGUAGCCGUGGCCAUCCUCCCGGUAACCUUGGAUACACCAAUGAACAGGAAGUUCAUGCCUGACGCAGACUUCAGCACCUGGACACCAAUGGAAUACGUUGCAGAAAUGUUCUACAGCUGGGCCGCCGGGUCAGAGCGGCCAGCCUCGGGCAGUUUGAUCCAGCUGGUGACGUCAGGAGGAAAGACAGAGGCCACGCCGGUUCAGUAAAAACAAGAAGAGAGCGAGACGAGAAGAGGAGUGGAAGUAAAGAAGGGUUGGAAAAAAAUAAACAUUCAGUUACAGCUGCAUUAACAAAAAAAAAAAAAAACCUCGGGUGUGAUGUGAUACUCCAUCCAGCCUUAUAGUAUUUGAAAACAGUGCCACCUGUUGACAUUUUACACUAAACACAAGUCCUUAUUGUUUCUUUGUUUAAGUGACAUAACGUUUAAUGUUUAUUCCUAAAGAUAUCUGGAGGAACAUUAUACCACAGCACAGUUGAUUUCUCAGAGGUUAAUGAUGGAGACUGGUUGUUGUGAUUUGAAUACAAUCUCAGUUUAAUAUGUUAAAUGAUUCUAUAUUAAGAGGAACAUGUAUGGAGGAUUAAUAGCAAGUCUUAAUAAUAAUCCUUAUGGUGGACUGUAGUGAAAAUUUCUGUAAGGAAACGUCCUGAGAUGUUAAAGCUUUGUAUGAGUCAAUGUCCCAAUAUCUCUACGUGGGAAGAGUGUAUGCUUUCUAGUUUUUUGGUAUACAUACAGUACAAACAUCUUUUAUAACGUAGCUGACUAUAACAUAAGAGAAAACAGGUACUUUUUGUUUCAGUGUCAACCAAAAAUUAGAUAGAAAUUGUAAUCAGUGGCAAAUUGCUGCGGUGUAAGAGGAAUAAAACACUUCAAGACACGCUGUAAUUAAAAAAUAAUCAGCCGCACAAGUAUUUUAUUCCUUUGUAGCAAAUAAAGACGUCGUCUCAAGCCGGAACAUGAGAGAAGAGUAAGUCAUGUGACUUUUUACCCCCUUGUUCUCUACAAGCAGUAAAAAGUUCAGCCAGACCUAUAAUGCAACUUUUCAAACAAAGUGACCUUAUCCUGUGCAUGUUUGUGUACGAGAGUAGAAUACAGAUGAAAAAGUUUACAGUAAACACCAUUCAUCAAAACCUUUCCUGUGCUUUAUGGCUGUGUGUUAAGAGUGGUACAGUGUACAAUCCAGUGUUAAGCAGUAAAAUAUUUCCCAUAACCCACUA